CUCUGGAGUUUUGCCCAAGCCGGCCCGGCCGGCCACCGUGCCAAAGAGUUUUGCGCCCAACGUGGUCGUGGCCAUUGACCUCUUCGAGCUCCCGGCCUGGAACGGCGAGGGCACCGACCGCUACCUCAAUGCUGUCUGUCUGGGCACCAAUUUUCAGCUUGUGGAAAAGGUGCGCAGCAAGCAACCUGGAGCUGUUUGGGCAGCCUUGGCACGGGGAUGGGCCAGGGUGUUGGGCUUUCCCCAGAUCAUCCUCCUGGACCAGGGGACCGAGUUUUUGGGCGAGUUUCGCCAAAAUGCCCAUGACAUGGGGGUGCUGGUUCACACUAUAGGAGCCAGGGCGCCGUUCCAAAACGGCAGAUGUGAGAGGCACGGGGCCCUGUUCAAAACAAUGAUGCAGAAAGCUGUCUGGUCGUGCCCACCUACGUCGUCCGAUGACUUCAAGCUCCUGCUCAGGGAGGUAGAGAGUGCCAAAAAUCGCCUCUCGGAUCGCUCUGGAUUUUCCCCAGCGCAGCGAAUGUUAGGCGAAACGCCGAGAACCACCGGCGAACUCCUUGCCGACGAGAUGGUCGAUGUGGUCCUCAAGGGUGUCUCUGGUGAAAUGGAGAAGCGGCUGCAGGCUAAGCGUGCAGCACAAAAGGCGUUCGCCGAGGUGAACACCUCGCAGGCAGUCCGCAAGGCUAUGCGGGCCCGAGCCAGGACGCAGCGCACUUUCCGGCCCGGCGAUAUUAUCUUUGUCUGGCGCUCGUGGAAGGCACAGGGCGUCAAGAAGCAGGCGUGGGUCGGACCCGGUGUGGUGGUUCUUCCAGACGGCCCAAAUGCAUAUGUGAACGUCAAGGGCAGGCUGUGGCGUGUUGCCAACGAACACCUCAGAGAGGGUACCUCGGAAGAGAUGAGGGGCAUCGAAGCAGUGCACCAGGUCUUCGACGAGCUCAAGGAGCGCUUCAAGAGGAAAACUUUGGGGACCCCGUUCGUGCCGAAGGAGAAGCCCGAGGGCUACCACGCCAACGGGUGGACGAUCCAGAGCCACCGGAGGCAGACGUACAACUUCCAGACCGGCAACCGCAACCGACGCCCAGUGCAGGGCCUCACCGUGACCGUUGGCAGUUGCUGGCGGACCAAGGAGGCGUGCAAGGAAGUGCGCGCCAAACCCGGGAAGUACGAUGCGGAGGUGACGGCCCGGGAGUUUGAGUUUCACUCCGAGCCGGCGGUCUUUGCAGCCAAGAAGAGCACCGACGAGAUCAACGAGAAGGACAUUCCCACCGGGGAGUGGCUCUUGCGGCGACCUACAAGCCGCGUUCAUGCAAUCGGACUGCUUCCCGAGCAGUUGGUGGAGGUAGUCUGUGGCGUGUACGGUUUGGUCGAUGGCCCGGUACACUGGCGCCAGACCUUGAAGAAGUUCAUUAUCGAAGAGCUCCACUAUCGCCAGAGCAAGCUGGAUCCCACGGUUUUCCUUUUGAGCCACGAGGGCAAGCUCGAGGGGAUCAUCGUUAUCGAGAUAGACGAUGUGCUGGCCUUUGGCUACGAGCUCCACGAUGCAGCGUUGGCGCGUCUUCGCCAAAAGUUCAAGUUCGGCAAGUUCAAGAAACUUCAAGAGCUCACCGACGGCACUACCUUCAACGGGCGCAGGAUUCGGCAAACCGCCGAGUUUCAACUCCUGGUGGACAUGGAGAAGUACGUCCAGGAGCGGCUCUUUCCCAUGAAGCUGGAGAAGGGUCGCCGAAGCCAACCCGAGGCAGAAGCCACGCCGGAAGAGCGACAGAAGGCCCGUGCAGUGAUAGGGGCGUUGGCCUGGGCAGCGAAAGAAGCGCGGCCAGAUGCGGCGGCUGCGGCCUCCAUGAUGGCGAGCCGCCUUCCCAAGGCCAAGGGAGCCACAGCGGUGAUCGCCUUCGAUAAGAAGUUGCUGACCGGGGAACGUGCGCAGUGCAGCCUGAUAUGGUGGAAGUCCGGGAAGUUGCGUCGCAAAGUGGGUUCCACUUUGGCAGCCGAGGCUCAGGCUUUGAACAAAGGCUUGGGCGAUUUACUGUGGGCCAAGGCUAUCUAUGCCGAGCUCAUGGACCCCCAGUUCGACCUGGAGACCUUCAAGCAGGAUGUGAAGUCUAAGGCAGACGUGGUGCUGCGAAAGGCCGAUGCCGACCAAGUGCUGCGAGACUCUUUGUCGGUGAUCGACGCAAAGAGCCUGUAUGACAACCUGAUGCAGGAGGGUAACCAGCCUCAGGACAAGUUCACGGCUCUCGACGUGGCCAUAGCUCGAGAGAAGAUAGACGGACUAGGGGUGCAGCUGCGAUGGGUCGAGCAUCAAAGCAUGGUGGUCGAUAGCCUGACCAAGAUCAGCGCCAACAAGGAUGCGCUGUUUGACCUUCUGAGAAGCGGCACCUUUCGCCUGGAAGCUGAAGGAGAGCUUUUAGAAGACCGGCUUUUGCGCCGUCAAGAGGGGCGCGUCAAGCCCCGUUAG